AUGGAACGUUUACAAGACUUUUUUCAUAUUCAUCCACUGGAAGGAAAAAUUAUCAAUGUGGUAAAUCAAAUCCCUUUCCAUUGUUAUUUGAACCAACCCAACGAUGAAACAGUGGUUCAACAACUUGCUUUAAAUCCCAUCUCCCAACUCGACAGAAGGCGUUCAACGAUUGUUGCGCUUGGUCAGACAAACAUUUGGCAGCUGUCGACGCGACGAGGUCAUUCGGCCAUGUAUGCCGCUCUCGAUUCGCUCAAAAAGGAUUACCGAACCCUUUAUAUUGGUGGCACAGGUCCCAUUUUGACGCAUCCGGAUAAGCUUCAUAUCGAACCAACACAAGAACAGCAGCAAACAUUGACUGAACUUUUGAGAUCGAAACACGAUAUGGUGCCUUUGUUUAUUGAGGAAAACUUGUCGAUGGGUCAUUAUGAAGGAUAUAGUAAACAAGUCCUUUGGCCCUUGAUGCAUUAUUUGAUGUGGUCAGAUACGGUAGACGAGAAACAGUAUUGGCAAGACUAUGUGCAAGUCAACCAGAUCUAUGCUGAUCAAGUCAUUAAGCAUUAUGAAGAAGGCGAUAUAAUUUGGGUCCAUGAUUAUCAUCUUAUGCUUGUACCACAAAUGAUUCGAAACGUAUUGCCAAAUGCACUUAUUGGUCUUUUUGUUCAUACGCCAUUUCCAAGUUCGGAAAUCUUUCGCUGUUUACCACGUAAAUCUAUAGGUCGAAAAGAAGUAUUGAAAGGCAUGUUGGGUGCUAAUGUGAUUGGUUUCCAAACCUACAAUUACGCACGCCAUUUUGCUUCCAACUGUACUCGUAUCAUGGGCUAUGAAUACACACCCUCGGGCAUUCUCGCUCAUGGCGUCUUGAUCCAUAUCGAGAUUUAUCCUAUCGGUAUUGAUGUCGAACGAACACGACAACACUGCUUAAGUCCCGGAGUUGAACCCAAAGCAAGCGCCAUGCGUCAACGUUACGCCACCAAGAAAAUCAUCAUUGGCCGUGACAAACUUGACCCUGUCAAAGGCGUCCUUCAGAAACUGGAAGCGUUCGAGAUCUUUUUGCGUGAUUAUCCUGAAUGGCGAGAUAAAGUUGUCUUGAUCCAAGUGACUUCACCUGGUGUAUUGCAUUCGCCUGAACUGGAAAAAAAGACGUCCGAGAUUGUAGCCCGUAUCAAUGCUGAGUAUGGUUCAUUGGAGUUUACACCAGUCAAUUUGUUCAAUCAACAUAUUGACCGUGAUGAAUAUUAUGCGCUUUUGAAAGUGGCGGAUAUUGGGUUAGUGACACCUGUGAUUGAUGGCAUGAAUACGUCUAGUUUUGAGUACAUUGUGGCACAAGAGAAUGGACAUCAAAGCCCAUUGGUCUUGUCAGAAUUUACUGGGACAGCCAAUAGCAUGGGUGCCGCUGUGAUUGUGAAUCCUUGGGAUCGUAAUGAGAUUGCACGUGCUAUUGCUGAAUGUCUCUCUAUGGGCGAGGAAGAGAAAAUCUUAAAAUACGAGCAAUUACAUGCGUUUGUUACUUCACAUACAGCAAGUUAUUGGGCAAAAUCACUGGUCAAAGGAUUGUUGCAGACAAACAAGUGUUAUUGGGGAGAUACAGCGCCAUUGGAUGUAUCUCGACUCCAACAAGAAUAUCAAAAUAAGCGUAAGCGAGCCUUCUUUUUUGACUAUGAUGGUACUUUGGUUCCUAUUGUGAAUGAACCAGAAAAAGCAAAGCCUGAUAAACAAGUCAUUCAAGCGUUAACUCAGCUUGCGUCAGACCCUAGCAAUAUUGUAUGGGUUGUGUCUGGUAGAACACAGGACUAUAUCUCUGAUUGUCUAGGCCAGGUACCUCACUUGGGACUAGCCAGUGAACAUGGCUGUUUUAUCAAAGAACCUGACCAUCAAACAUGGACUACUCUUGUGCAUGAUACUGACUUGUCUUGGAAAGAAGACGUUAGAGCCGUGUUUGAUUAUUAUACAGAACGUACACCUGGUAGUUUUAUUGAAGAGAAAGAGUGUUCUAUGACUUGGCAUUAUCGAAAAGCAGAUCCUAAGUUUGGUGCCUUUCAAGCAAGAGAACUACAGAACCAUCUUGAUCAGAAUGUAGUCGGCAAAUUGCCUGUUGAGUGCAUCAAUGGUAAAAAGAAUGUAGAAGCACGACCAAGUCUUGUCCAUAAAGGAAGUGUGAUUUAUCAUGUGGUGAAAUCACACCCUGAUAUUGACUAUGUUAUCUGUGCAGGCGAUGAUCGUUCUGAUGAAGACAUGUUUCGUAUGUUGGAAAGAAUCUCAUCCAAUGGACUGGAGGCUGUCCAAUUCAAUUUGAUUGUGGCUCCUAUUGAUAAAAACACAUUGGCAAAAUGGAAAGUCAAGUCAAGUCAGGAACUCAUAGCCACUUUGAAAGCAUUAGUCUAA